CCGCCCCUCUUCCACCUCGCCUCCCACCGCAAGAAACGAACCGGAAAAAAAAGAAGGGAAAAACACGAAGAACAGGGGACGAACAGCAGGUUUACCAUCGCGAUUUCCCAGAAGCCCGCGGAGAAAUCCUGCCGUGUUCCAAGAUGCCGCGCAUUCCCCUGAUCAGAUUCCCCAAGAGGCAUCUCAAAGUCCCAUCCCCGGCAGCGGCUCAACCUGCUGCGGAUCAGCACGCGACCCUCAUGUCCCGACUGGGAGCUAAAGUAGAGGCACCAUCUUCUGGGGUGAAAAAGAAUUAUCGCUUUACAUCAGAUGUUCCUUCAGCACCUUCUCAUAAUGCUGUUGGAGGGCCAGCUUCACAACUUCCCAAACGCACACCACUCUCCGAGGAAGAGAUUGAGGCUAUCAUGCAAGGUGGUGUCUUCUGAAAUCGCUUCUCAUCGACGGUACCUUCCCCUAGCCGGAGCAUCAAUAAGACACCCUACACCAUGCUUCAUUCUCAACCUUCACCUUGGAAGUGUUGUUAUUAGAGCCAUGUUGAUAUGGAACUCUUCCUUUUUGGUCCCCAGAACUCACCAGCUGCCACGCUUGCUUUCUGAAUGCUGUCCACAUGUGACUAACCAAAAUGGUCAACACUGAACAUGUGAUGCAUGUGUGCCUUGAGAAAUUGUGUGGAUCCUGGAAUGCUUUGAUGAACCUCCAUUUUUUAA